GGCGCCUUCUGGGGCGUGGGGGGGGCCCGGUGCCCUCCAAGAUGGCGGCGGCGGCGGUGGCAUCGGCGGCGCGGAGCCUGGCGCGUGCCCGGGGGGGCCUCCUGCUGCCGCCCCCGCCCGGGGGCCCCUGCCGGCGGGCUAACAUGGCAUCUCUGUCUAGCCUUAACCGGGGGAAGAAGGUGGCCCUGACCACACUGGGUGUGCUGACAGCAGGCGGAGCGGGGCUGGCCUUGGCCCUUCACACGGCCGUGAACGCAGGGGAGUUGGAGCUGCAUCCCCCCGAGUACCCCUGGAGCCACGGAGGGAUGCUGUCCGCCCUGGAUCACAGCAGCGUCCGCCGUGGCUACGAGGUGUACAAGCAGGUAUGUUCAGCUUGCCACAGCAUGGACUACUUGGCCUUCCGCAACCUCAUUGGAGUCUCUCACACAGAAGCUGAAGCCAAAGCCUUAGCCGAAGAGUUUGAGGUGCAGGAUGGACCCGAUGAAAAUGGCGAGAUGUUUAUGCGUCCUGGGAAACUGUCUGAUUACUUUCCGAAGCCUUACCCCAAUCCUGAAGCGGCCAGGGCAGCUAAUAAUGGGGCCCUCCCCCCAGAUCUCAGCUACAUUGUCAAUGCCAGGCACGGCGGAGAGGACUACGUGUUCUCCCUUCUCACUGGCUACUGUGAGCCACCCACUGGGGUGACAAUGCGGGAGGGACUGCACUACAACCCCUUCUUCCCCGGGCAGGCUAUUGGCAUGGCACCGCCCAUCUACAAUGAAAUCCUGGAGUUUGAGGAUGGCACCCCGGCCACCAUGUCACAGAUAGCCAAGGAUGUCUGUACCUUCUUGCGAUGGGCUGCGGAGCCAGAACAUGAUCAGCGCAAGCGGAUGGGCCUGAAGAUGCUGAUGAUUGCAGGCCUGCUGAUACCCCUCGUUUACUACUUGAAGCGGCACAAGUGGGCAGUCCUCAAGAGCAGGAAGAUCGCCUACCGGCCGCCCAAGUGACCGGCCCAAGGGGGACCAGACCAGUCAAUCUCUGCUGCCCGAGCGGCACGGCAUCUGCCCCAGGAAUGUAUGCAUGGGCAGGCAGGUGGACUGCUGCCCCUCACCAGUGCUUUUUCUGUUAUUUAAAGUCUCUCCAUCCAUCCAGUCACCCAUGAAGCCUUGGGAAGAGGACCCUGGGAGACAGGGGUGGCAGGCACCCAAUAAACAUAUGUCUUCAACCAGAGAA